AUGAGUGUCCAGCAUUUAAAAGAUCACGAGUAUUUAGAGAACAAGGUUAACAAUAUACUAGAACCAAUGAUGGUUCAACUUGUCUCUGUUAAGCCAGACAACCCCACCGAAUAUAUGAUCAAUUGGAUAAAACAGAAUUAUGGAAAUAGGAAAUCAAUUAAUCAAGGAAAAAGAUUUGAGCUUGAAUUAUUGAGAAAGCAAAUUGCUUUAUUCGAUGGAGAGGAGGAUAAAGACUCAGACUCUUCUUCUGAAAGCAACUCAGAUUCAGACUCUUCUGAUGCUGAUGACACGAUUGCCAAAGCUAGAGCUGCCAGAACAAAGAAAGGAUGGAAACCUCGAGCUUCUGUAUCCGCUGAAGUUUAUGGGAAUUGGAAUAAGAAAGAAGAUUUUGAACCAAGAUGAAUUCCAAAGGAUGAAGAGACUGUAGAAGUUAUCAAAGAUAAGAUCCUACAUAACUUCAUGUUUAAGCACCUUAAUAACUCUGACCUUCAAGUGAUAAUUGAUGCAAUGAAAGUGGUCAAAGUGAAGUGAGGAGAAAUGGUCAUCACACAAGGAGAAGACGGAAACGAUAUGUACCUUGUAUCUACUGGAAAAUAUACAUGAUUUAAGACAUUUCCUGGAGACUCUACUCCGACUCAUUUGAGGUAUUAUGUUUCUGGAGAGGCCUUUGGAGAGUUAUGAUUAUUAUAUAAUUGUCCAAGGGCUGCUUCUAUCCAAUCUUUAGAAGAAGGAACUUUGAUUGCUCUAGAUAGAGCCACCUUUAACCAUAUUAUUAAGGAUGCAGCGUUGAAGAGAAGAGAGAAGUAUGAAGAGUUCCUUACUAGUGUUAGUAUCCUUCAAGGGAUGGAACCUUAUGAAAGAGUCGCUCUUGCUGAUGGAAUUGUAGAUGAGAAUUUCUCAUCAGGAGAUUAUAUUAUCAGACAAGGGGAGAAAGGAGAUAAAUUCUAUUUUGUCAUAGAUGGGGAGGCAGUUGCCACCAAAUGAUAUGAACCUGGGCAAGCUCCUGUAGAAGUUAUGCAUUAUUCAGCAGGAAGUUACUUUGGGGAGUUAGCCUUAUUAAAUGAUGCUCCUAGAGCAGCUAAUAUUAUUUCUCGUACUGAAACGUAUGUAAUCUCAUUAGACAAAGAAACAUUCACAAGAAUAAUUGGAUCUGCUGAAGAGUUAUUAGCAAGAGCUAAGCAAUACAAAUAA